AUGUCUUCCCCAGCACCAGCUCAUGGCCCCUUGGCAGAAGAUGAGGCUGUAGGUUUCUGGAUGCAAAACCGAAGCUCCGUAUUCUGGACACACCUAAGCCUGCUCAUUCGACCAAAGUUGAGACUGCCAUUAAGCAAUCGACCUGCAGCGAUACAAGACAGUUACCUGCUCAAUCUACCGAUAGACUGCCUCCGACAAAUAAUUCUGCUUCUCGACAUCAAAUCACUCUUCAGGUUUCGACAGACGGCUGUCACAACCAAACGGGGGGUCGAGAGUUUAUGCGAGUUCCGGAAUGCCAUAGAGCAUGGCUAUGAGCUAUUAGGUGCUACGUUCAAGUGUAUGGUUGCCGAGCGUAUCUCUCUCUUUGAGUUCAACUAUGAACUAUGCAACAAGAAUUGUGUUUUAUGCAACAAUGUCGCCAACUACGUAAACGUACAGACGUGGAAGAGGGUCUGCGAUCGCUGUGUUCACGAGCAAGGUCGUCCAGGUUGCCGGGAUGAUUUGUUUGGUCGAAUUACAAAGAAAACAAUUUUAUUCGACUACCUCCGUCACCAAUGGCCCUCAGGCAACUGGUUGAAUGAUUCGGGCAGGUUUCGCUCACCCAACUUGCUAUAUCCUGAAGAGGAUUUGAUCAGGAUACCACAUUGGAACACGAAAACCAACCUGAUGGAGUAUGGGAUGUCAUGUGUUUCUUGUCUACAACAGGGGGAAGAGCCCGCGUGUGUUUACGAUAGACAGGGGUUUUUAGAGCAUUUCCAUCAAUGUGAAGGCGCUCAAAGGGAGUGGAAGCAACAUUUGAGGGAAGGAUUACGCCUUUGGAGAAACAGCUAUGCCAGUCAUAAGUGUUUCCGUUAA